UUGUUUGCAUUUUUGAGAUCAAGCACUUGAUAGGAAGGAGGCUAAAAAUCUUUUUUUUUUUUUUUUUUCCCCCCAGAUAUGAGAAAUGAGUGUUGGACGCAGAAGAUUAAAGCUGCUGGGAAUUCUGAUGAUGGUAAACAUUUUUAUUUAUGUGAUUGUGGAAGUCUCAAAAAGUGGCAACCAAGAGAAGAAUGCAAAAGGCCGUGUUAUUAUACCACGCAGCAAGUUCUGGAGAAAAUACACUCCUCACAAAGCUUACUGGAACAAACAGCAACAGAAGCUGGAGCUGCUGUACAACCCUAUUCUGACCUUGCUUUCCAAUAUGACUGUGGAAGAGAACUUAAUUUUGAACUCGAGUGUUCUCAGUUCCUGUGACCCUGACCCGUGGGUACCGUCAGAGGUUAGUGACUUUGCAAACUUGCCAGACAGAUUCAAAGACUUUCUGCUUUAUCUGAGAUGUAGAAAUUACUCCUUAUUAAUGGAUCAGCCAAACAAGUGCAAACACAAGCCGUUUCUGCUGCUGGCUAUUAAGUCACUUACACCCCAUUUUGAUAGAAGGCAAGCGAUUAGGGAGUCCUGGGGCAAGGAAAUAAAAUCAGGGGAUGUGACAGUCAAAAGGGUCUUCUUACUUGGACAGACCCCACCAGAGGAUAAUUUUCCUGAUCUUUCAGACAUGAUAAAAUUCGAGAGUGAAACCCAUCAAGACAUUCUCCUCUGGAACUACAGAGACACUUUCUUCAAUUUGACUCUGAAAGAGGUGCUGUUUCUUAAGUGGGUCAGCAGCAGUUGUGCAGAUGUCCAGUUUAUUUUUAAGGGUGAUGAUGAUGUUUUUGUGAAUACCCAUCAGAUCCUGGAUUACUUGAAGAGCUUAUCAAAGGACAAAGCCAAAGACCUGUUUGUAGGUGAUGUGAUCAAAGAUGCUGGACCUCAUAGAGAAAAAACAUUGAAGUACUACAUCCCAGAAAGUGUUUAUGAAGGUUCGUAUCCUCCAUAUGCAGGAGGCGGUGGGUUUCUGUACUCUGGUGAUCUGGCAUUAAGACUGAAUAAUGCAUCUGACCAGGUACUCCUUUACCCUAUUGAUGAUGUUUAUACUGGAAUGUGCCUUCAGAAGCUUGGGCUUGCUCCGGAAAAACACAAAGGCUUCAAAACAUUUGAUAUUGAAGAGAAAUACAGACAUAACAUAUGUUCCUACACAAACUUAAUGUUAGUACAUAGUAGAAAACCUCAAGAAAUGAUUAAGAUUUGGACACACUUGCAAGAUCCUCACUUAAAUUGUUAAAGUAAUAUGCGUAAGUGUCUUAAGUGCAAAUAACUUUCCAAGUUUGGGUCUGACUUUCUUGGUGGACCAUUGAAGCUCUGUUUAAUAGUUUCAUUUUCUCUGGAAACUUUUUCCUGUACUUUUGAAAAUGCGAAUAAUACUAAAAUUCGAGGGAAUGGCUUGAAGACUUGGUCCUGACUUUUCCACUGUCCUGGCGGUCAUUAUGUUUCAAUCUUUGUCGUAAAUUAGUUUUAAAAAGGACUUCAAGGGUGUAACUAGCUGUCAGUGACUGGUUAGCUGCAUUGGAAACAGAGAUUGCCUACUACAGUGCAUCUUUCAGUAAUUGUAACGGUGGAAGAUAAUUUUUCCUUGACUAGUGUUUGUGUGGGGGUGUGUGGAAACCACUGUAAACUGAAAAUUCACAAAUCGGAGGAAUGUAGUUUUACUUCAAGUAU